UUACCUGUGAAACAAAUGCGGUCGCGUUGAAAUAGUUGUUGGAUUUCAAUAAAUUAAUCAACUACGGGCGUGUAAAUUGUGGUUUCUUAUAAGAUUGCAACUCUAAUUCACAAGUUCAAGUAAUAAUAGCCUAUUGAUUUGUUCAUCUUCGAUUUUUUGUUCUACUAACUUGGGAAACAACAUUACUGACAAACGCCACAGCCAUUGAAUCAUACAUUGCCAAAGAUCUAACCACCAAUCUUUCAUACAAAUAAAAGUGAUCAUAUUUUAUAGAGAGGUAUUCUGAAGAAUUAUAAGUUGUUGUUGCUUGCAUAAUGGGGUACGAUUAUUAUGGAAUACUUGGACUCAACAAAAACUGCCAAGAUUUGGAUAUUAAAAAAGCUUACAGAACACUAGCAGUAGAACACUAUCAAGAGGGUAGAAGGGAUGAAUUUAUUCUAACUUCAGAAGCUUACGAUGUCCUCAGUGAACCUUGUAGAAGAGCUCUGUAUGAUCAGUAUGGAGAAGAAGGUCUGAAAAAGGGGGUACCCACAAAUGAUGGUUUUAUCCUGCCUUAUGUUUAUCAUGGAGAUCCGGAGAAAACUUUAAAAGACUUCUUCGGUACAUCAAACCCUUAUGCUGACUUAGUUGAAAAAAGGUACAGUCCCGAGGAGCUAUUUACAUUUCCUCUAGGUCAAGGAAUUAGAGAGAAAGAACCACCUUUAGAGAGAACAUUAGCUCUUUCAUUAGAAGAGAUUUUUCAUGGUGCUACCAAAAAGAUGAAAAUAAUAAGAAAUGUAUUUGAAGAUGAUACAGAAGAAACAACCAAGCCUGAAGAGAAAAUUUUGACAAUUACUAUAAAACGAGGUCUUCCAGCAGGAACAAGAUUUGAGUUUCCAGAAGUUGGGGAUCAAGGACACACUAUUAUUCCGGCUGAUGUAAUCUUUGUGACGGAGGACAAGCCACAUCCAAUAUAUCACAGAGAGAACUUGGACUUAAUGACAGAACGCAACAUUAGUCUUGAACAGGCAUUGGUUGGCUUCACCCUGCCCAUCAUCACAUUGGACCAACGCUUGCUGCAAAUUCCCAUAACGCAGGUUGUCAGCCCAGAUUACAAAAAACUAGUGGAAGGAGAAGGAAUGCCUGACUGGAAUGAACCUUCAAGAAGAGGAAACAUGAUUAUUUCUUUCAAAAUAGAAUUUCCUAAAUAUAUACCAAAAAGUAGUAAAGCACUUAUAAUCAAAGCUCUUAAAAAGCCAUUGAUUGAAAAAGAUAAAAAAACUCAAUUUCAACAGCCAGUGUUUCAUAAAAGAACAAAAGCAGAUCGUUGAAUGGUAAAUUGGUAGUGCCACUAAAUAAAUUUGUUAACUCAGAAAA